GGAGGCCGGCCUGUGGCCGGCUUAGGAAGCGGGCUGGGAUCUCCGGUACCCGGGGGGACAAAGAGGGGAACGCCCCGAAGAGGUUUCACCCUCACCAGGGCGGUCCCAGGGCUUUAAAGCUUCACCGGACUGGCGGAAUCAGGUUUUCCGACAGCUUCAACUCGCCUUGGAAGCGGCUGUGCACCACCACUUUCAGAUUCUUUCACUUUAGUGUUGUUCUGCUGCUUUCAUGACGGAAUUUUCCUGUUUUUUUUCUAGGUAGAAUCCGUGUUCUGUGGGAGGUGCUGUACACAUCGUUGGUAAGUGAAGUGCUCUACGUCAGGAAAACAAGACGACCAACCAAAACUCAGGAUGAGAAGAUGGAGGAAGCAGAAGAAGAUGACAUGGCAUGUGGAAACUUGGGAGACGGCCUCGGGAGAAGACCUGGAGGUGUUUAUGAAGGGGAAAAUUUACAGACCUGCUAUUCAUUUAAAUUUAGGAAGGGAUCUGGAAAGGCUUGUCAUUCUCUCUUGUCCGCAAAGAGAGUGGAAGAAAGUGAUGAUGCAACUCUUCCUGGCUCAAAACAAAACAGUUUUUACAAUGGAAUAUCGAAAAAGCCUGUUACUAGUUCCACACGACAGCGUAGCUGUGAAUCUAAUACUGAAGUGCCAAAUGAAGAACUAAAGCAACAACUUCGGGAGGCUCUAGAGGAAGUUGACAUUUUGAAAGUUGAGCUUGAAGCAUCUCAGAGAUGACUUGAAGAGGAAGCCCUAAGAAUUCUGCAGAGCAUGGCAGUAUUUAAUAAAGCCACUAUUCACACAAAAGAAAUGCUUCAAAAGACUGAGGAAGAAAAGAGAACUUUAGAAAAGGAAAUUAAUAUUUUGAAAUGGGAAAUUGAAUUUGAUCAGGAUCAAUUUAAAAACAUAGAAGACACGUGGACAGAAAAAUACGACAGGAUAUAUUGUGAAAAUGCAGCUCUUAAGGAAGCAUUGAAAAUGAGAACAGAAGAAGUUAAAACUUCUAAAGCUGAAAAUGCAAUGCUGAAUCAGCAGUGCUUGGAAUUUCUUGCCAUGCUAGAUGUGAAACAACAGAAGGUUGUUCAGGAAAAUAUGUCCUUGAAUAAAAGCGACAUUACAGAUUUUACAGGUUUUGAACUGGCAGUUUUUGGAGCCUGCACCUGCAGUGCUUCUGGGGCACAGCCUUGUCCCUGUGCUAAAAUGGCUGCUGUCACACAAAAGCAACUUCUUCAUCUCAAGCAAGAGGGUGAAAAUCUGAAGAGUAAAGAUGAAGCUUAUAUAAUGGCAGAUGCUUUCAGGAUUGCAUUUGAGCAGCAGCUAAUGCAGAGGAAGGACCAAGCCCUGAGGCUUGCAGAAGUGCUAAAGACUAAGAAGGAAACAAGAUUUAUAAACUGGAGACGUCUGAAAGACAAUGGGCACAUCAAGUUACAAGGGAACAAGAACAGUCUGGGAGAAAAACUAUCCAGCCUGCUCUCAUCAGAGGUGGAUGGCAAGAAAGUUAAAAAGCUGGACAAUCCUAAUGAAAUCCUGAAGAUGUUAAUAGAUCUGGUAAAUGACAAAGAAGAGGCUCUGGCUCAUCAAAGAAAGGUUAACUACAUGCUAGCUCGAGCAAUUGAGGCAAGAGAAGAUGAUUCGGAACAGGAUACAGGAAAUGGGAUGCUAUGUAAUUUUCAGUACAAAGUACAGGAGUCAUCUGGCCUCAAAUGUGCCUGCUGCCAAAACCUUUGUUCUCAAAGUAGUGUUUCUCCAGUUCCCAGUGCAAAACCAUGUGAAAAUCUGGUAAAAAUGCUUCAAAAAUCACACUCCUGGCCCUCAGAGACUACGCACUGUGAAGAAAAUGAUUCACAUGGAAAAGCAGAUGAAACUGUGGUGAUCUCUAUAUAG